GAAUAUCAGAAGUGUAAUAGCUCUCCCUGCUCUCAGCACCUCUGUCAAGCAGAGAAUGAGACCCCAGUCUUCUUACUGUCUGGAUCAUAAGCCAGAAGAUGCUGGGAGCAUGUUGUUAAGAACCACCAAUGCUUAUUUUUUAAUCAUAUCCGUUGACUAUCUUGUUCUACUCUUGAUCCAAACCGGUUGAAGUGUGAUGGGCAGAUUGAGAAAGCAGAUGGUGCAAGCCGGGCAUGACUCGUGACGUAGUCUGGAGUAACUGUGUGCUGGAGGUGCCGCUGGGAGAGUCUAUCCAGCUAUGACAACACAAGAUGCCAGUCAGUCUCAGGCAAACUCUUCGACCAAGAUGCAAGCUGGACUUGAUGAGUCAUCGCCUGAGCCCAUGACAACUACACAAACUGUCAACUGGCAAACUCAGGGGAGCCCAUCACAUAAUUUGGCAUUUGGACAUAAUGUAUCUACACCUGGUCCAGAUCGUGCCACAGAAGAGUUCAAGCAAGCAACCAAAUACAACUUGUCCCAUGUCAUUUUUGUGGAGUAUGAGGUAGUCCUGUCUGGUGUUUCUGGUGCUUCCGUAGAAGAAAAUGUCACUUUGGCCAAUGCAAUUGGAGUUGAACUUUCAUGCAGAUUGGACAACUAUCCUCAUUUGAAAAGCCUUCAAGUGACUUGGAAGAGGGGAAACAAAACAAUCAGACACAUCAAUAAAACUGAAAACAGCUGGGGCAUCCUAUUGAAUAUCUCAGACAGCAGUAAGAUGGGAAGUUACAGUUGUACUCUGAAAGGUGAAGAAGAAAUCAGCGCUGUGUUUCAUUUACAAGUACCGAAAAUUGAAGGAAAAGAAAAACCCAUAGUCAGUUAUGAAGGAGACACAGCUGUAAUGGUUUGUAAAAGUGCUGGCUAUGUUCCCAUUGCUUGGACUUGGUAUAUGACCAAUGGAAGCGAAGAGAUUGCCAUUAAUAGCUCUUUGCUGCCAGACAAGUAUGUGAUUAAUAGAACAUCUGACAGUGCAAUUCACUUGAAGAUAUUGAACCUCACGAAGGAAGAUGAUGGUGUAUAUUGGUGUGAAGCUGCUUUUGAACUGGGGAAAAGUAGAGGAAAGCUGCAGCUUAGAGUUCUGUCCAUCAUGGUGCCUCUCAAACCAUUUCUAGCAAUUGUGGCUGAAGUUGUUAUUUUAGUAACUGUUAUUUUCCUUUAUGAGAUGUAUUCGAGAGAGAGACGUGCAGAUAGAAAAGAGUUUGACCAAAUUGAGCAACUCCCUAACUGUCCUAGUAAAGUGGAAGAAAGCAAUGGUCUGGAAAGCAGUAGUGCUAGGCACAGAAAAACUUAAUCUGGUUCCUAAAAAGGAGAUUUAAGGCAGCAGAACUGGAAAUCAUCACAAAGCUACAGAAGAUAUAUGCAGCUGUGCAUUUUAAACAUCCACUAUGCUUCUAAGUAAACUCCUCUACACUUUCAAGAAAUGAGAUGCUUUUAAAAUAGCUGUGAAACUGCAUUUAGACCUUUCCUGUUUGUAACAUUGUCAUUUUACUACUGAAAGGCAUUUUUCAUGUGAUUAGACUUCCUGUUGUGUUAAAACUGAUUUGUUUGAAUUUUGUUUGAUUUUGUCUGAAAUGGGAGCUAACCUGCAUUUGCUGAAUGAGCAGGUAAUACAGAAUGGACCUAUUAUCUAAGUGUUACAAAGCUGGACUUGUAAGAUCAAAGUAUUUCCACCAAAGAAAAUGCCUUUUACUAGCAGAUGAAGUAAAUGUGACACAGCCAUUUUUACCAAAGAAAUGAUCAAAGGGAAAUCUUUAUCGUGGUUUAAACAAAACGUUAACAGUUUUGCAGUUUGCUCUGAACAGUAAAAUGUCUUCAUAUAAAUUUUCAUAGGUUCAUUUAAGUGAGAAAGUAUUCAGAAUGUACCUAUAUUUCUUAAGAUACGAAUUUUCUUAAGAUGAUGGGUUUGAAAAAUACCAGAAAGCUUAGCAUUGGCUGUUUUGUUGGAAACGGGGGACAAAAUCCAGUCAGAUCUAUGCUUUUUUGGUUUUCGUAAUUUAUUCUGCAGCUUUAAAAACUUAAAAGUUCAGAUAAAAAACAGCGGGUAGUAUAUAAGCAUGAAGUGAUUGAGUGUAAGAGCUGAACAUGGGUAAAGAUUUCCCUUGAUAAGAUACUGUGUUUAUUGUAUUUUGCCUUGAAGUUUCUAUGCACUAUAAAAACCAGUAUGCAUUUACACGUUUUAUAUGAAUUUAUCAUUGAUAUAACAGCAUUUUUGUUACAGCAGGUGUUUGCAGUUUAAAAAUAUUUACUUCUGUAUAUUAAUUGUUUGAAACAUGGCAUUUUAUUUUUUGUAGAAAAUAGGGGGUUUGUAGGAAAUUCAGUAGUAAAAAAAGUAAGCUUACUUAUAGAUCUUUAAGGAUUAGAUUCUGAAUAAAGCAGAAUUAGUAUCUUUUGCAACAAAAAGGAGGCUAGGUACUAUCUGGAAAAAAGCCCACCUUUUAAUCAGAAAUGGUAACAACUUAUUUCUACCUUUACUGAGCAUUCCUACCCGAUGUUGAAGUUGUGGUAUGAAGACUUGGCCAACGUAGCAAGUUACAUGAAUAGAUACUUUUUUGGCACUGGCAAACAAGGGCUGCACUGAAGGCAGGCAGGAACUGGAGAACCUGGAUUAAGCAUGGAUUUUAGAUCUAUGAUGUGUUCCUCCUGUCAGGAUUGUACAAGAGCUUGGUCUAACUGUAGUUUUGUCUUGGCCUGCUUCUAGCAUGUUCUGCUUGCCAUAUUUCCAAGGGGUUUGGUGUUUAUUUUUAGGUUGGAAAGUAGAUUUUUUUUUUUUCAUCUUGAUAAGUGGUUUUAUUCCUUAUAGGUCUGCUUAGGUUCAAACUUCCUUGGGUUCCCCUACAGAGUCCCCUACUUCUUUAGUCCAGAUACCACACAGGAAGCUCUGGAAAUCUAGAAAUGUAUAUUUUAAGAAAUACACAUUGCGUAUGUUCAAAACAUUCCUACUGCAGUUGCUUUGUGUAUCCAUUUCAUUAUGGAAACAUAGUCUUCAAUAGAACAAAAAUUUGGCAACCUUAAACCAAAACUCUAGGCAGUGAUUUCUUUUUACCUCAUUCAAGCAAAGAAUUUCUAAAUGAGAGCCAAAGCAAUCCAUACAAUAUUUCUUUCAAACAGCAGGGAGAUCUAGGUGUUUUAAUUAGUUUUAAUAACAACCAUUAAUCUGUAAUAAUUGACUUAUAUGGCUGAGUCUAACCAUUACACUUGUUUGGCAAAUCUUGUCUUCCAAGAUCAAAUCCUUGUUUUCUUGCAAGAGGUGAUAUGUUGCUGGUUUCUAUACCAAAAAAAGCCUUAUCCAUUUCUGAGAGAAGUUUGAAGUCUGCAAAAGAAUCCUGAAGGGCUGUUUCAUCAUGCUUCAAACUGGUCACUGCAAAUUCCUCCUUUCUAUAUGUCCACAGUAGACACAGGCAGCUGUGAGACCAGAUUCCUAGUGAAACUUGACAAAUACUAGAACAGUUUCCAGACUGUGAGCUCAGAUAGAACUGUAUGAAUACUUCCUUAGGAUGGAGACCUCAGAAUUACCCAAUAGUGGGACAAGAUAAUGAAGUCAUUAGUGAUAGGUCACUUGACACACGCAGUCCUGAGGAAGAGAGAAAAAAUCCAUCAGUAUUGAUGUUGCUGCUGAAAUCAGCAUCCAUGUACCUCUGUUUUUUCAACCAAAGAAAAUGAGGUUUAUAUUCUGCCUUUAAAUUUACCCUCACAACUUCUCAACACUGACUCCUGAGUGAUUAAAAUCAGAAAGAAAUUGAUUGGUGUCUUCAGUAUAGAGGGAGUUUUUCAGUUGGGUGGUCCUCUACAUGUUAAGCUAUGCAGCAUGUGCAGGGUGACCACACUUAGCUGCAUCACGCUGCAGUUCUAGCUGGGAGCUCCCCCAAAAUAUGAAGGGGCAAGGAUUGAGGAAGAAACCAGUUGAGAAUGGCUGUAGGGACAUGGGAAGGACCUGGAGGUAUUCCAUAGAGGUCCUGAGGGGCAGACAGCAGAAGCUGAGAUGAUCCAUGAUUAGGUGUGUACAGGGAAGAUAGAGCUUAAAUAUGUCAGAGAAACAACAUUUUUUUUUUUUGCUGGGCCAGUCAGUGUUUGUGUAGGAAGUUCUGUACAGUGACUGAAGACAAUCUGCCACUGCUAAGCACUCGCACAGGUGAAAACGCAAAGCCAAGUGAUAUGUUUCAUAAGAGAAUUGGAAGUUGCAUCCUUGGAAAACUUUUUAUCCACUGGUUUUAAAUAGUUUUGCAGUCAUGUUGCUUUCUUAUGCUAGAACAUGUGUAUACAAUGCAUUAAACAAUUCUUAAUAAAAAAAAUUAACCCAAGUUGCAAACUUUAUGAUGUGUUACUAAAACUCUUUGAAUUGUCUAAAUUUACUGUUGGUAACAGAGUUCAUUCUUCUAGUUGAAUUUUGUAAGACUUUAAACUUGUAAUGUUUGUUCCAUCUUAGCCAAAAUAGUGAUAGUUUUUCUCCCGUACAGAAAUUUAAUCUGAUUUGUUUUUCCAUUCAGCCUUUUAUUUAACCAAAUAAAGAUUUUUGUUCUUUUUCUUAUGAUUAGGGUAAUAUUUCUAUCAAUUGACUUCCUGAAUUAUUUUCAAAUUGACAUUAGAAGUUACGUAACAGUGCCUCGAAGGAAGGAGUUUGCUUACCAUAAAGUUCAUUUUUCCUCUUUUGCAAUAUGUUUGUUAAAAGUUUCAGAGGAAACUUGACAGUGAAAUCUAUUUUUCUAGUAAAAGACUACUGAGCCUAAUGCUUUUAUCAUGCUUGCCUUAUUUUACAUUCUGAUUUUAUACUCUGCUCACUCAACUGUUUUAUUGUUCUGCUUGAGCAGUAAGAUAUAUAUGGAAAAUGGAAUAGCCUCUGUAUGUUUGAUGUAUAUGCAAU